GUUUUUCCUAGCCACAUAUAUCUUCAAUUCUAUAGCUCUCCAAUACCUAAAGGAUCUACAGAGGGUCCAAGUGUCAUCGAAAACCACCGAUGCAUGGUGAAUAUGCACCGACGGUCUUCUCUAGUUCGAGGCUUUUCCACUGCAGUGUAUAAAUCCGCCGAUGUCCCGUGCAUUCACUUCUUCUUCCACCUCUCGUCUUUCUGUCUACUCUCUACGCUCUACCCAUAAGUCAAGAUGCAAUUCCCCUUGUCUUUCCUCGCGGCCUCGUUCCUGCCCAGCUUCGGAUUCGGUUUGAGUCCCCCCCUCUCUCGACCUAACCAUACUAACCUUCUCCGUGAAGAUGCAUCCCCCGGCCUCAGUCUCAGUCCCUCAACAGUAACCGCCUCCAUCAACCAAGGCACGCCCCUGCGCGUCCUCUCGCUCGGCGACUCCAUCACCCUCGGCUACAACGACCCGACCGGCAACUCCUACCGGCGCGACCUCCAAUGCCAGCUCUGGACCGGCGGCAACCCCGUCUCGAUGAUCGGAUCCGUCCAGCACGGCGACUGGGCCAACAACCACCACGAAGCCUGGGUCUACCACACGAUCGACGAGAUCGUAACAAAAGGAACUCCUGAGCUCACGCGCCGCCACGAGAAACCCAACGUGAUCUUACUUCACGCCGGAACUGUGAACUUCGUACUGAAUAAGAACGUCACAGAAGCGCCGGCCAGACUCGGCGCCGCGCUCGACUUCAUCACCGCCAACAACCCCCAGGCGCUACUCGUCGUCGCACAGUUAAUCCCCGAGCAUAACGCCACCGUUAAUGCCCUGAUCGAUCGGUACAAUGCCGCUUUACCGGCUGUGGUGGCGGCGCGGGCGCGCGUCGGCCGCCGUGUCAUCCUGGCGGCCAUGCGUGGCGUGCAGCUGGACAUGUUGCCGGACGGGGUCCAUCCGGCGGGCGUGAGCUCGACGCUGAUGGCGCGGAGCUUCUACGAGGCGAUUGUCGAGGGCGGUCGGCGCGGACUCCUCUUGCCUCUGUCUGCGGAGGAGCAGGAGGCGUUUGUGGACGAGGGGGCGUCGGCGGUGCAGCCGUCGGGAGAGUGUGGGCUGGCACUGGAAUAGGAUUCGUCGCGGCGGGUUUGAGGUCUGAUUAGUUGGGAUUUGGGAAUCACUAAUCAGCUACCCACUCCGGAGUAGGGUGGACGUGUCGAUCAGGACCCAUCAGAGAUACGCCAGGAAGAAUGAAGUGCUGAGGGGCGGAAAUGACGUGGUCGAUCCCCU